AUAGCUCAGAGACGAUGGAGCUGUGGAGGCAGCUGAGUCAGGCUGGACUGGUGCCUCCGGGGCUGGGCCCACCCCCCCAGGCCCUGAGGGAGGUCUCCCCAGUGGAAAUCCCUGGUCAGACCCUCAGGAUUGCAGGGGCAGACACUGGAGGUGCCUGGGAUAGUCUGCUGUGGAUCAGGGAGGAGCUGGGGAAACUGCACCUAACGGAUGUCCAACUGCUGGGACAGCUGUGCAGCCUGGGGCUGGAGAUGGGGGCGCUGCGGGAGGAACUGGUCACCAUAUUGGAGGAGGAGGAGGAGAGCAGCAAGGAAGAGGAGGAGGAUCAACAGCCCCAGAGGAAGCAGGAGGAGGAACACCUGGAGGCCUGCCCAGCCCCACAUCCGCCUGACUUUGAGAUGAUGAUCUGAGGCUCUGCCAGUGGAUUUAGGUUGACAUACAAAUGAGAUGCAAAUGUAUGCAAAGGGAAGGGGAGAUUUGCAGGUCAAAUCAGAUGUGGAAUCAGGUAUACCCCUUUAGUAAGUGCUUUCUCUGAAGGUGCCUGCAAUGAUAUUUAGGCAUUGGCCUGUGAGCUAUGGGUGUGUUUGCAGAUGACAUGAGGAUGUGUUUGGAGGUGAUGUGGGAGGUUGUAGAGAAGUUGCAGGUGCUUUUGCAGAUGAGUCUCAGGUGUGCUGCUGAGAUGGAGAUCUCUGCAAAUAUGAUGGUGAUGCAUACAGAUGCGAUUUCAGAUCAACGCUGUCUGGUAUGGUAGCCACUGGACACACAUGGCUAUUUAGUGCUUGAAACAUGGGGACUGCAAAUUGAGAUGUGCUAUGAGUGUAAAAAUACACACCAAAUAUUAAAGGCUUAGUAUGAUGAAAAGAACAUAAGACAUCUCAUAAUUUUUAGAUUACUUGUUGAAUUAAUAUUUUGAGCAUAUCAGUAUUAGUAAAAAUAUUACUAAUAUUA